AUACACUAAAGUAUCGUAAAACCUGUUUUGGGAAAUCACAAAGCUUCGUAAAUGGUUCGGUGAUUUUGAAUUCGUACUAGCCGAAAUUUGUCGACAGUGGUAAAGAUUAGCGAGUCAUUCAAAGCACGGAACUAGGCUUUUGGGGUAAGUAUUUUGGCGUUCUGUAGAGCGUACAUAGACAAACCCUUUCUAUCCCCUGACCUGGACCUGUUUAUCACAAGAGGAGCGGGAGAGCGGAACCGGAAGUAUUCACGAUGGCGGAUGCAAAUAUCCAGGAGGACCUGAAGAUAAUCAGGGCACAGAACGAUGCCAUUAUUAAAGCUUUACAGAAAAAGAAGAAAAACAUAAUCAUGGGUUUGGAAGAUGAGAACGAGGAGCGAGGAAACUGGUCGGGGCGCUUCGACUUCUUCCUCAGUUGCCUUGGUUACGCCGUGGGGCUUGGCAACGUGUGGAGGUUCCCCUACCUCUGCUAUAAGAACGGAGGCGGCGCGUUCUUCAUCCCGUACGCGAUUAUGUUGUUUUUUGUGGGUCUACCCAUCUUCUUCAUGGAGUUGUCCCUUGGCCAGUUCACGAGCUCCGGCCCCCUCACUUGCUGGAAGUACGCCCCGCUCUUUCAGGGUGUCGGCUUGGGUAUGGUGGCCGUGUCGGCCAUGGUGGCCAUCUACUACAACAUGAUUAUCGGCUGGUCCCUCUACUACCUGUUCGCCUCCUUCACGAGCGAGCUCCCGUGGGAUAAGUGUAACCCGGAGUGGGCCACAAAAAUGUGUAUCGACUUCAUCAAGAAGGCUGAGGACAAGAUUGAAUGCUACGCCAACGGCCUCGAUCCACGUGACGACGGCGCCUGCUACGACCUGGGUGGGAACGUGACUAUGAUCUACGACCUCAAAAUCGCCAAGGACCAUGGAAUUGAAAGGACGCUCCCAUCUGAGGAAUAUCUCGAGUACAAAGCCCUCGGGAGCGGUCUCUCAACCGGACUUGGUGACCUGGGUCCUAUCCGCUGGCAGAUGGUUCUUUGCUACCUACUCGCCUUCAUCUUCGUCGUCCUCGCCCUCUCCAAGUCCAUCAAGUCUUCCGGAAAGGUUGUGUACUUUACGGCCACGUUCCCGUACGUCGUGUUGAUCAUCCUGUUUGUAAGAGGUCUUCUGUUGGACGGAUACAAAGAGGGUAUCGAAUUCUACAUUACCCCCGACCUCUCCAGACUCAGCGAAUCAGUUAUCUGGAAAGAUGCCGCUGUGCAGAUUUUCUUCUCUCUGUCUGCCUCAUGGGGAGGUCUGAUCGCCCUUGCCUCCUACAACAGGUUCCACAACGAUGCCCUCAGGGACUCCAUCGUCGUGGCCAUCGGAAACUGCCUUACCAGUGUGUUUGCCGGUUUCGUCAUCUUUUCCUACAUCGGCUCGCUCUCGAAAGUGCUUGGCGUGCCAAUUGAGGAUGUCGCCAAAUCUGGACCAUCCCUUGCGUUUGUUGUGUACCCUUACGCCGUAACGCAGCUGCCCGGGGCCCCCUUCUGGGCGAUUCUGUUCUUCAUGAUGUUGCUCACUCUGGGUGUGGACUCACAGUUUGUGCUGGUGGAGACGGUCACAACGGCGCUCAUGGACCGCUUCCCGAAGCUGCGCGCCUACAAGCUGCUCACCGUCAUGAUUCUAUGCGUUAUAUUUUUCCUGCUUGGCCUUACUCUCACCACAAAUGGCGGUAUAUACAUGUUAGAAGUGAUGGACACAUACGCGGGUGGCUGGAACAUCAUGUUUAUCGCCAUCUGCGAAUGUAUCUCCCUCUGCUACGUUUACGGUAUCCGCCGAUUCCUGGUUGACAUCGAGACGAUGAUUGGCGCGCAGGUGUGCGGCUUCUGUCCCUUCUUCGUGUGCAAAUACUGGUGGGCCCUCAACUGGUGCGUUCUAACACCAGCCGGCGUUCUUUUCAUCAUGAUCUUCUCGUGGGUGAAGUACACAGACAUGGAGGGUGACGAGUACCCCGAGUGGGCGGACGCCAUUGGCUGGCUCAUGACCAUGACCGUUAUCGUGUGUAUCAUAGGCGGCGCCCUCUACGCCAUUUGCUCAGCACCAGGAUCCAUUGGGGAGAAACUUCGUCAUGCUACCAGUCCUACAGUUGAGUGGGGUCCCGCCCUUGUCAAGCACCGCAAACUGGUCGCCAAGUAUGUUCCUGGCUUCGUCGUGGACCCAUGGGGCAAGGGGGAUGAAGAAGCAGCUGUCAACCCGAACGAUAUUGGGCUCCAGGAGAAAAAGGCGCCCCUAGCGGCUCCAAUGGCCGCCCCGAUGGGCGCGGAGCCGCACCUGCCCACCUCGUACCCUAGCUCCUAUGCAUCUCAACCAGCUACCUAUCCUUCCAAUAAUGAUCGACCCGCGGAAUCGAAUCAGACUGUCUACGUGCAGUACGUGCCCGAGUAGACCGGGGCUACACAGACACACGGACAAUGGUCUAUAUCAAUGUCGCCUGAUGGACAGCAUUUUGCACAAUCGCAGAAAUAUCUCGAGGCGGACAUUAAAAUGUGAACAAACAGUGAAUGUAGUUUCCGUGACUGUAAUAUUUGUGACUGUAAUAUUCGUGACUGUCAAUAACGUGACCAAUACAUUGCUCCAGAUAAUCGCUAUACAAAUAAAAUUGUUUGUGAAAAGACAAGUUAAUACAAUAGUUUUCAUCAAAAUUGUGAUUUAUUAUUGGUUAAUUAAGUUUGUGAGUUCGUAUUAAAUUUAAUUAAGGUUGUGUUAGAAUUACAUAUCAAUGUUUACACAAAUAGUUUUGUUUACAUUGGAGUAUAUACAUAUACAUUGUGUACUUUUAAUGUUUUCUUUUUGUAAUGUCUAUUGUAAAGAUUUUAACUUUCGUUGUCUAUCGUGUUCACAUUGAAGUUAAUACUAUAACAAUCCAUUACAUGUGUAACUUGUAUUCUACGUUUUCUACAAAUUAACAAUUCGAAACGAACUUUUUUGGAACUAACAAACUCUUAAGAUAUCCCUUGUUCUAAACAAGUGUUUAAUCAGAUUUUUUUAUAAUCGAAUGUAUUUUGUUCAUCUAUACAAUUAAGAAGUAAAUAUCGUAUUUCUUUAUACAUGUAUUUUGUCAUUUUUAUGAAGUCCAUAUGAAGUCCGUUAAAUCUUUACAUCCUUUGUAUUGGGGAAUCAUGGAUUUUUCGUGAUUUAAAUAUCAUAGUUUAACUUUUAUCUGAUGGGAAGUAUUCGUUGAAAAUUUCAUAUAUAUUGAUCCAUUUUUAGUGAUAUUUUAUGUUUUACAUAUAUAUAACAUUUUAUAUAUUUUAAAUACAAUGAAGUUAAUAUUUUUAACAGAAAUUCUAUCUCUAUAUAUAUCUUUGUCAAGGUAAGCUGUAUGCAUGAGUUGCUUCUUGACCCUUUAAUUGGUCCGAUUGCUCAGAAGAUUAGAAACAUUGUAGUACAAGCAUGCUGUCACAAUACACAUCAGACAGUAUAAACUUGAAUAGAACAGAGCUAUAUAAAUACAUUUUUCUUUUUUCUUCUAACAAUCCGUUUAUUUGUAGAAAUUGUUGUUUUUUUUCAACUAUCUUACCCUAAUAAAGUAUACGCAUAUGUUU